AUGAAGACCCCAAUGCCGCUUGUGGGCCACAGUAUGGCUAUGUUCGUUGUCUGCAUCGUUCUAUUGGCCUUAGCAGUCACCACAGUUGCAUUGAGAUGCUUUGUACGCCUAUACAUUGUUCGAGCAUUCGGUUGGGAUGACGGGUUGAUGCUUUUUGCAUUGACGAUGUUUAUCGGGAUGGCUACAUGUCUCAUUGGAGGAUCCAUGACAGGCCUUUGUCAUCAUCAAACAGAUUUCCCAAAUCUGACACUUUAUAAAAACGCCCUAGAGUGGUAUUGGGUUGCUACUAUUUUAUACGUUUGGAGCUGCGCAUUCGCAAAGCUUUCCAUCGCUGUUGCACUCCUGAGAAUAACUGUCAUCAACUUACAUCGGCAAAUUCUCUUUGUAGUAGUCGCAAUCAUUGUUUCCGCGACUUUUUUAUUUGGAUUCACUUUACUCUUCUCCUGCCAGCCUGCCUCAUACUUUUGGAACCGAAUAGAUCCAGGUCCCGGUGAGACAGGACACUGCGCAUCUAAUCAGGUCACAGUUAUUUCUGCUUAUAUCUACACUGUUCUUUCCCUCAUCUCCGAUUUGACUCUGGGAAUUCUCCCCAUAUUCCUUGUCUAUCAGCUACAGAUGAACGCCAAGACAAAAUUUGCGGUCGGGGCUAUUCUUAGUCUCGGGUCUAUGGCGGCUGUGGGAUGUAUCGUUCGAAUUCCAUAUAUCAGUCUUUACAGCUCCCCGGAUAUUCUAUAUGCGGUCUUCGGAUUGACUAUCUGUACAGUUCUUGAGAACGCUUCUGCAAUCAUCGCAGGCAGCCUCAUCACUCUCCGUCCUUUAUUUCGCUGGACCUAUGAACGAUCAAAACUAUCCAAGAAAGGUUAUAAACAGAGUCCGUCCGAAUACCCUUUAUCAGGAAUGGAUAGCAAGAAAGGCACACACUCAAAUACCCAGCGUCCAAGUCUUGAAGCGCCCAAGAACGCUGUGGUAUCAGUGAAAUCACCACCAGGACAUAGACUUUUCUCCCAAGAUUACGAUAGCAGUCAGGAGCAUCUGAAUCCUACUAACCUCCCUGGAGUUGUGAGAAUUCAAGAGACAAUUACAAUCACAGAUACGAGAAAAUGA